AUGCUCUCAGUAGCAUCAAGCCUGUUCGGCAAGUCGUCGACUCUCGGCGCAUACACCCUCCACUCGGCCGGCCCCUCCCCCUCCUCGUCCUCGACGAAUCUCCCAGCGUCCGGGCGCUCCUCUCCGUCCCCACGAACCAAGUCCUUCAAUGUCGGCCUGUGGAAGGUCGUCGGGGCAAGUCACAAGACGACAGGCAAGGCCGUGAGCGUGUGGGUGUUCGAGAAACGGGUACUCGACGGAGUGCGAUCUGGACGCGACUGGGUGCUCGAGCAGCUCAAGAAGGAGGCCACGGGCCUGUCACGCCUUCGGCACCCGGACGUACUGCAUAUGGUCGAGCCGCUCGAGGAGACGCGCGCCGAGUUGACGUUCGUCACCGAAGUCGUGUCGGGCAGUCUGGGGAAUGUGUUGGCGACGGCUAAGAAGAAUGGGGAAGUGGACCUCGACGAGGUCGAGAUCCAGAAGGGGACGCUGCAGGUUGCGCGUGCGUUGGGGUUCCUACACACCCAGGCGCGGAGCGUGCACCUCAACCUGUCGCCGGACGCGAUUCUCGUCAACGCCAAGGGCGACUGGAAGCUCUCCGGCCUCAGCCUCGUGCUGCCCCUGCAGCAGCCGGACGGGAGCGCGACAAAACACGUCUACCCCGAUGUCGAUACGCGUCUGCCGCCACAGGUACAGUGGAAGCUGGACUAUCUCGCACCCGAGUACGCCCUUGACAACACGCUCGCUCCCGCGAACGACCUCUACUCGCUUGGUUGCGUGUUGUACGCACUCCAUAUAGGGCGACCACCCUUUGCCACCAGGGGAUCGAUGCAGGCACUGAGGGAGAACGCCGAUGGCCUGGAUCGGCGCGACUACGCGCGCGGCGUGAAGUGGGAUCGCGCGAGCAACGAGCUCAAGGAUCUCCUCCCACGUCUCCUUACUCGCCAGCCAGCGGGCCGGAUCACGCUCCAGUCCCUCCCGUCUCAUCCCUUCUUCUCCUCCCUCGCCAUAUCAACGCUAAACUUCCUCGACCCGACGACAUUCGCCUCCAAGCCGCGAGAGGAGAAGGCAACAUUCCUCCGAGGGCUGGUGCGGGUCCUCCCAAACUUCUCGGAACGGCUCAAGAAGGGCAAGAUCCUGCUCUCGCUGCUCGAGGAGAUGAAGGACCCGUAUCUACUGCCGUUCCUUCUCCCGAACGUGUUCGAGAUCUCCAAGAACCUUGACAAGACUGACUUCGCGGUCGUGCUCCCCAAGCUCCAGCCGCUGUUUGCGCUCAAGGACCCACCGCAGAACAUGCUCACACUCCUCGACAACCUCACGAUGUUCGAGGAGAAGACCUCGCCCGCUCAGUUCCGUGAAAACGUAAUGCCCAUCAUCUAUAACUCGCUCGAGAGCGAGCAUCUCCCUGUGCAGGAGCGCGUGCUCAAGCUUGUCCCGCAUCUUUGCGAGAUCCUGGACUAUGGGACGGUGCAGAAUGUUCUCCUCACAAAGAUUGCGAUCCUCUUUACGCGCACCCGUAUUCUCAGCGUCAAGGUGCAGACACUCGACUGCUUCGCGGCGAUGGUGUCCACUCUCGACACGACAACGCUCACCACCAAGCUCGUCCCCCUCUUGGCGAAGAUCAAGACAAAGGAGCCGGCCGUGAUGGUGGCGACGUUGAGUGUGCACGAGGCGAUGGGCCAGAAGGUGUCCCUCGAGGCGAUUGCGACGCUCGUCCUCCCCCAGUUGUGGGUGAUGAGCAUGGGACCUCUCCUCAACGCGGACCAGUUCGCGCGCUUCAUGCGCGUCAUCCAGUCUCUCGGCGCGCGCGUGGAGAAGGAGCACUCCCAACACCUCCGAGAGGUACGCAAAAUGGAGGAGCAGACCACGUCCUUUGCAACGAACGGCGCGCCUGGCGACUUCACUGCGCCAUCGGGUGAGGUCGACUUUGAGACACUCGUCAAGGGCGGCGCGACCACUUCGGCGCCUGCCACUAUCGACCCGUGGAGCAUGGACGGGUGGGACGACGACAACCUAUCCUCCUUCGCAAGUAUCAGCGUUGCGGACGCGCCGUCGUCCCGCGCACCGCCCUCGCGCCUCGGCGCGACGCGUGUGCCCUCUUCCUCGUUCAAUGCUAGCGCGUUCCCACCCACGACCCCGGCUUUCUCACCACACCUCGCCUCACCACCCAUGCAGCCUAUGCGCACGACACCCGCUUCGCCGCCUAUGCAGCCUCUGCGCUCACCGGCCUCACCGCCCCGCCCAUCGCGUAGCUCCUCGGGACCAAACUACAACCUCAGCCUCGAUCCACAGGCGCCAAAGGCCACGCCGAGGGUCGCGCCACCGCCGAUGCAGAGUCCGACAUUCCAACCGCUCCAGCCGCAGGGGCUCAACAGCUGGAACCCAGCGAGCACGGGUGUGGGAAUGGGCGGGAUGGGAGGAAUGGGAGGAAUGAGCAUGGGCAUGGGCAUGUCCUCCCCACCCGUCGUAUCGCCUCCCAUCCAGUCCCAACCACGACCACCACCUGGCUGGUCGUCUGGCGUCAUGCAGCCCAGCGUUGCCAAACCGGCAUGGAACGCGGCACAGGCGGCCAAGACAGACUGGGGCGACUUUGACCCACUCAAGUAG